GAUGAUAAAUCUCUAAAGUUACAAAUUUCUACAUAUCAAUCUUAUGAGAAUAAAAUUUUAAAAUCAUACUAUAGAGAUGAACUUCUAGAAUUUUACUGUGAGAAUGAAAUACCAGAGUCACAGAACCUCCUUUCUAAUACUUCAUAUUUACAAAUGUUUGCAGAUCAACAUUAUCAAGAUGAA